AGACGCCCGGGUUUGUAUUGCUGAGCGGAUAGCCGGAUAUGGGUUAGUGAAAAACCAGUGGCAGCAGUAGCGAUACAAAAGACUUGCUGAAAAAAUGGCUGGUGCUCUGUCUCCAGCCACCACUCUCCGCCUUAAACCAUUGUACGCCGUUCGCUUCUUCACUCAAUCCCGCAAACCCAUCAAAAUCUUAAACCCCAAUUUCUACUCAUCCUUCCCCCUUAAGCUGCACACCAAUUCAAUUCCAGCACCCUACUUAUGCCGUCAACGGAGCUUUUGCUCUGUUGUCUCCGCCGCUAUUUCCUCCGGAGAAGCAGUUGAAAAACCCAAAUUUGAGCAAAAAGAGGGUGUAAAAACUGAGCAAGUUAGGGAAUUUAAAAAAAGGUUGAGUAUUGCUGACAUAAAAGGAGGGCCUGACGAAGGUUUGGAGCGGCUCGGCGAGACAUUGGUGGUUAGAGGUUGGGUUCGUACGGUUAGGGCUCAGAGCAGCGUUACGUUUAUUGAUGUUAAUGAUGGUUCUUGUCUUUCAAAUAUGCAAUGUGUUAUGGGCUCUGAUGCUGAGGGUUAUGAUCAGGUAGACAAUGGUUCAAUUUCAACUGGUGCAUCAGUAUGGAUAGAAGGUACUGUGGUCGGUAGUCAAGGAUCAAAGCAGAAAAUAGAGUUGAAGGUUCAGAAGCUUGUAGUGGUUGGUAAAAGCGAUCCUUCUUUCCCUAUCCAGAAGAAAAGGGUCAGCAGAGAAUUUUUGAGGACGAAAGCUCACCUUCGCCCUCGAACUAAUACUUUUGGUGCGGUUUCAAGGGUGAGAAAUGCUUUGGCCUAUGCUACACACAAGUUUUUCCAAGAAAAUGGCUUUGUUUGGGUCUCAAGUCCAAUAAUCACUGCUUCUGACUGUGAAGGAGCUGGUGAGCAAUUCCGUGUGACCACCUUGAUCCCGACCACAAAAGAAGGUGGAGAUUCACCAGUUAAUGCUAUCCCUACUACUGAAUCUGGUUCUGUCGACUGGUCGCAAGACUUCUUUGGGAAACAAGCAUUUUUAACAGUGUCCGGGCAACUCAAUGGCGAAACAUAUGCUACUGCUCUCUCCGAUAUCUAUACUUUUGGCCCCACAUUUAGAGCAGAAAAUUCCAACACUUCCAGACACUUAGCUGAGUUUUGGAUGAUCGAACCAGAACUAGCUUUUGCGGAUUUGGAUGAUGACAUGGCCUGUGCUACUGCCUAUCUCCAGUAUGUAGUGCAAUAUGUGUUGGAGAAUUGCAAAGAAGAUAUGGAUUUUUUCAAUACUUGGAUUGAGAAAGGGAUCAUCAAUAGACUAAGUGAUGUUGUUGAGAAGAACUUUGUGCAGUUGACGUACACGGACGCUGUUGAGCUUCUAUUAAAAGCAAAAAAGAAGUUUGAUUUCCCGGUGAAAUGGGGAUGUGAUUUGCAAAGUGAGCAUGAACGAUAUAUCACCGAGGAGGCUUUUGGUGGAUGCCCUGUAAUUAUUAGAGACUAUCCGAAGGACAUCAAAGCAUUUUACAUGCGACAGAAUGAUGAUGGAAAGACUGUUGCAGCCAUGGAUAUGUUGGUACCUCGGGUCGGGGAACUUAUUGGUGGAAGUCAAAGGGAGGAACGCCUUGAUUACCUAGAAGAACGCUUGGAUAACUUGAAUCUCAACAAAGAAAGCUUUUGGUGGUAUCUUGAUCUGCGUCGUUAUGGUUCAGUUCCUCAUGCUGGAUUUGGAUUAGGCUUCGAAAGGCUCGUACAAUUUGCAACUGGAAUAGACAACAUAAGAGAUGCAAUACCUUUCCCUCGGACACCCGGUUCUGCUGAAUUUUGAUUUUUGACACUCCAACUGUACUAUUAAUAUAUCUUGAAAAGAAGCUGGAUCAGUCAUAAAGGUGCAAUUUCACCGAUACUAAGCUUGGAAGUUAGUCAUUGUACCAUACCAAUCUUUUGUGUUCAUAAAGACCUGACAAGUUGCUCGGUCUAACGUACCGUUGCCAUUAAUGGAAAUCAAUUUAGACUCUUGCGAGGUGCACGUUA